GCUCUCAUUGCCGGUUUGAUCCUCGGACAGGACGGACGUGUUUUUUUGCUCACCACUGUUCUAUCGGUUGCAAUGUGCUUUCGGUCAAGAUCGAACGUUCUUGUUCUGAUCUAGUUUUCCGUAACUGUGCGCAAUCGCGAUUUGUGCGCGAUCGAUUCAAAUCGAAUGGUUGAAAUAAUUAUCGGUUACGAAAUUGUUUCACCACUAAACCUAUCUCCAUCAGGGGUAUCGUAAAACAGCCGGAAAAGCGUGAGCUGUGCAUAUUUGUGAGUUGUUUUCGUGUUUCGGUGCGUGCUGACUGGCACUGAGGCUUUCACGUAACGCCCCGUGUGAAAAGUGCAGUGGAGAUUGUUACAUUGAGGCACUUCCCAAACCCCAGAGGUGGUGGGACGCGAUCACUUUUCUCUCCCUCUUGGAAAGAGCUCGCAGGCUAAUCAAUCAAGCCAACCUUGUCGAUCCAUUUUUCUACCGUGUGCUUCGUUAAUUAAGUCAAUAAAUUAAAAGUGAAACUCUCGAUUUAAGACGGUCAUCCGCGUGCACCGCGAGGACGCACUGAAUUGUUCCGCCCGGCCAGGUGGUGUAGUGCUCAUAGUCGAAGCGAUCCAAAUAAGGAGCAUCGCUAGCGAUCGAUCGCGCGGAAAAUCGGCCACCAUCGCAUAACACUCAUUUGGCGAACUGAAAGUUAAAACAAUAUUGCGAUUACCAUUGUGGAAGACGACCAGGAGUGAUAGUGUGGUUUCUUCGAGGUGCCACUGUUUGGAAAAAUUACUGGCACCUUCCGAGAGAAGUCAAUAACAUUUAAAAGUGCAAUCACUGCUCGCCCACAGUUGACGUUCGAGGCGGAAGAUGGCCUUUUUCAAGAGCAUUUGGAAGAACAACUCCAAGCAUAAAAAAUUAUGCGAGGAACUUGCUUUGGCCAAUAACAUCCGGGACUUUUCGGACAAUCACGAAGAGCUAGAGGAUGGCUUUGAGGAGGCGAUAACAUAUAGCGUCAAAUAUUUGGGCAAUACAUCGAUCCCCACCCCACGGUCUGAAAGUUCGACAGCGGACGCAGUGAAGCGGAUUAUUACGGCUGCCAAAGGAAACAAAAAGCUUCAACGUGUGACCCUUUCCAUUUCACCGAAAGGAAUCGAAAUGCAGGACCCAACCACGGGAGAAUCGCUCCUGCAGGUGUCCAUCUACAAUAUUUCCUACUGCUCGGCAGACGCAGCCCAUGACCACGUGUUUGCCUUCGUUGGUACCAGCUCCAACCCGGAAACGGAAGUCAAAGAGAUGUGCUUCCGAAAGGAUCCCGAAGAGGUGGAGUUCGAGGGACCCCUCGUGUGUUAUGCCUAUCUUUGUCAGAAGCGUAAAAUGGCACAAACGGUGACGCUUACCGUGGCCCGGAGCUUCGAGAGAGCAUAUCAAAUCUGGCAAAACAAGCAGUUUCAUGCCGAGCGGAAGCGGAAAGAGUUGGAGAAGUUAAACGCAACCAACCGAGCGGAAAAAGAUAGCAGCAGCAGCAGCAGCAGUAGUGGUAGUCAUUGGCAGUCAAAGUCGCAGGGAGCAACGGAUGAAUGCGACAACCGGAGUUUACUGAUCGAUUUCAACUCGGACCUGACGGCAGAAAUUUGCUCCAAAGAUCACCGCGAUCUAUUGCAGAAUACUUGGGUAUCAUUUGAAGAUGAUCCGUCACCACAAGAGUUCUUCACAGUGCCAAAUCUUAAUGCUUCCAGCGCAUGGAGUAGAACAGCCAUUUGCUCUAAUUAAAUCCAGUUUUUUUACUAUCGUGAGACGAUUUUAAUUUUUUUUUUAUUAACAUAAAUACGUGCAAAAACGAAUAUCUUUAAGUAAAUGUGAUAUAAUUCGAAGUUUUGAUAUUACUAAUAAAGGAGGAAAAAUAUCAAAUGAAUGUUAUUCCAAUACAAUGGCUGUAAAAAACAAA